AUGAGCGAAGAACGGAGCGGGCCCAAGGCGGACGAGCUGGUAGCCUCCAUCGAGCAGGUGAGGAGGGUUUGCCUGCAUCUACGCUGGCUUGCCCCUUCUCAUCUUGGCGCAAAAAGGCAACGAAAUUGACGAGCCCUUCUUCCUCGACCUUUUAUCCCAUGUUCACCGAAACAGCUAAGCUCGCAAAUCGUAGCAAGCUCUCCCAUUUAUGGAUUUGUGCUGCAGGAAGUGAGCCCUUUGAAAGUGCGAAAGCUAACGCAGAGCAGGUGAGAUCGAAACUGAGUGCACUUUACAAUUGGCCGCAUGACCCCAAACGGACAGGUGCAGAUCGAGCAAGCAUCCUCUGGCGGUGUCACUGCCCUCUUGCCGCUGACAGACAGGCACAGCAACAGCAAGGCCAUCUUGCACGGGUCGGUCACUGCCACGCUGGUGGAUUGGAUCGGUGGGUUGGUCAUCGCUGCCGCUUCGUCUUCACCCCUCCAAGCCAAACGCGGGGUCUCGCUUGACAUUCACAUCUCUUAUAUUGGAGCGGCAAAAGCUGGGUAAGUACGAGGCUUCCAGGGCAAGAUAGCAUCACGGCUUCUCUGCUGACUUGACUACCGUGCUACCGAUCCUUGUCUCUUCAGACAAGAUCUUCGUAUAGAAGGCCGGGCAGACAAAGUAGGCAGGUCGAUUGCCUUUAUCGCCGUUCGGCUGACUGCGUAUGACAAAGGUACCAAUGCCAAUGGCAGGCUAGUAGCUACAGCAACGCACAACAAGUUCAUCGCAUGA